AUCAUUGUUACCAAGACACGCCAACCAUUCCACUUCACCACAAAGUCAUUCGCGCCGUGUCAAAUAUGAUACAAUUGGUGAAAUUCAAUAUCCAGAAUUACGUCAUAUAUAUAAUAUAGCAUAG